AUGAACGUCGAAGACUCGUCUGAAGCUCUUUCGAGGAACUUGGGGUCCCGCUUUGAAAGGGCGUGGCACACGAUUGUGGUCGACCUUCUUUUACCUUAUGCGGUGACGAAAGCUGUGGAGAUCGUGUACAACAACAUCCGCCACAAGCCGAGCGGCCGCAAGGUGAACGGCCCCUGGGUCUUUGCCGCCGAUCCCAGUCUGCCCGACGGGAUCGCGCACCCCGCGAGCCCCGAGUUCCGCUCGCACCAGGGGCCAGGCGGCGACUUUUCGUACCACUUUCGAGAGGUGCUGGAGGACCUGCGGAAGCGGUUCCAAGUCGAGUUCUUCUUCAUGGCGCCCAGCCAGGACACGCGCGGAAGCGUGCUCGCGUACUACGACGAGCGGGGGGACGCCACGUGGGCGAUCUGCAACCGGGAGAAUGUCUGGGACCCCCAAGAGAAACCGAGCACGUGGUCUUCCAGCAACGCCACCGCGCGGGAGCGCGUUCCGCCCCCGGGGCCACUCACUGGGGUGGAAUACACUCUUACCGCCGACCUAGUUCUCAGCGAAGCUGCGGGCGCCACGUGGCGGGGCUACGAGCGCCCGGUGGGGAGGGCCGUAGACGGCGAAGAUUGCCUGGCGGCAAACGAGUACAAGCUGCUCCAAAUGCCGGACGGGCUGAGUAUCUGCCUCCCGAGGCGCGUCAGGCGGGGAACGGGCGCGUUCCAAGUGUCGAUGCACUGGCAGAUGGACGCCCGGACGGUCCCGCAGGAGACGGUAGUGUACGGCGCGGACGGCGCCUUUGAGUCCUUCAGAACGGCGCACUACACCGUUUGA